CUCCUUCCCUCCACGCCGAGGCGGGGGAAGCCUCUCCAGGGGCUUUGCGCCCUUAGCAAGAUGCUCCUGCUCGGCGCUCAGGAGCCGCCUCAGAAGGACCCUUUCAGCUCCGGAUAGCGAGUGGCGUCGGCCGUGCCCAAGCAACCGGGAGGAGGGGGGUGCUGCCGGGCUUGUUUCCCUCCCUGCCUCCUUCCACCCGGUUCCGGGCGGCGACUGACUGAGGCUGGGCUCCGCUAACCCAGCAGCCGGUGCAGCGCCGAAACCCGGCUGGGUGGCGGCUCGCCUGAGGUGCACGGAUGUCGGUGCCCAGGUGCGACGGCGGAGGCGGCAGCAGUGGCGCUCGUCCCGCGCGCUCUGUGCAAGGCCGGGACUGGAGAGUAUGUAUGACCAACUGCCCUACGCUGAUUGUUAUGGUUGGCCUCCCAGCAAGAGGGAAGACCUACAUUUCAAAGAAAUUGACACGCUACUUAAACUGGAUUGGAGUGCCCACAAAAGAAUUUAAUGUUGGUCAGUAUCGGCGAGACUUGGUAAAAACAUACACGUCUUUUGAGUUCUUCCUGCCAGACAAUGAAGAAGGCCUGAAAAUCCGAAAACAGUGUGCCUUAGCAGCACUGAACGAUGUUCGGCGAUACCUUUGUGAAGAAAAUGGGCAUGUGGCAGUUUUUGAUGCCACAAACACAACAAGGGAACGCAGAGAAACCAUCUAUAAGUUUGGGGAGGAAAAUGGGUAUAAGACUUUCUUCGUGGAGUCAGUAUGUGUUGAUCCAGAAGUCAUUGCUGCAAAUAUUGUGCAAGUGAAGCUGGGCAGUCCUGAUUAUGUUGACUGUGGUAGCGAUGAAGCUGCGGAAGACUUCAUGAAAAGAAUUGAGUGUUACAAGAAUUCAUACGAGACACUAGAUGAAAAUCUAGAUAAGGAUCUUUCUUAUAUUAAAAUAAUGGAUGUUGGACGGAGUUACCUCGUGAACCGAGUAAUGGACCACAUUCAGAGUCGGAUUGUUUACUACCUCAUGAAUAUCCACGUAACUCCUCGCUCCAUCUACCUCUGUCGGCAUGGUGAAAGUGAACUCAAUCUAAAGGGAAGAAUAGGAGGAGACACUGGGCUGUCUCAUAGAGGGAAAAAGUUUGCCAAGAGUUUGGCACAGUUCAUUAACGAGCAAAACAGCAAAGAUCUGAAAGUAUGGACGAGCCAGAUGAAAAGGACCAUUCAGACUGCAGAGGCCUUGGGAGUGCCUUACGAACAGUGGAAAGUUCUGAAUGAAAUAGAUGCGGGAGUCUGUGAAGAAAUGACAUAUGAAGAAAUUCAGGAACAUUAUCCAUUAGAAUUUGCUUUGAGAGACCAGGACAAAUACAGAUAUCGAUAUCCUAAGGGGGAGUCAUACGAAGAUCUUGUUCAAAGGUUGGAGCCAGUGAUUAUGGAGUUGGAAAGGCAGGAAAAUGUGCUUGUAAUCUGUCACCAAGCUGUUAUGCGCUGUCUGCUUGCUUACUUUCUGGACAAGCCUGCAGAACAACUGCCUUAUCUCAAGUGCCCACUGCAUACUGUCUUAAAGCUAACCCCAGUGGCUUAUGGUUGCAAGGUGGAAUCUAUCUUUCUGAAUGUUGAAGCUGUAAAUACACACAGAGACAAACCACAGAAUGUAGACAUUUCAAGACCUCCCGAGGAAGCCCUUGUAACUGUCCCUGCUCACCAGUGAAGCCCGUGUCCUGAUCAGCUAUGAAACAAUGUAUGCAUCAGCCGCUCUCGAGAAGAAGCUUUGAGGACUGUACCUAAUCAUUUGUAGCAGCCUUGACCUCCCCUUGCCAGCACCGUCCCAAACUACAGAAGCAGUGCUAAGGAAACCACUCAGGGACCUGAGAAUGAAGGCAGCCUUCAAGGAAGCCAAGCAACACAGACAUGCAAGCACUCCUCCUCUUCUCGAAGACGAUGUUUCAACUGCCUGGGUCUGGCACAAGGCAAAGUUGGCAUUAAAUGGACCACCAAUAUUUGUAAAA